AUGCUGAAAAUGAAGCUUCCCAUGCGAACGUCGGAGGAAGAAGACCAUACGGUCGAAGACGAGCAGGAAAAUACCGAUUGCAACAGUCUCCCUAGUGAUUCGAUUCCGUACUGUGGUGUGAGCCACCGGCUCAAGGAUUCAACGAGGGAAUCUUGUCGCCUGUCGCAAAUUGACAAGGAGACUGUGUUUGAGUGGUUCGGCUUGCACCUCAACCCAGCAAAGCGGAUAGAGUUUAUGUACGGAAUACUCAAUAUGUGUCAACCACUUGAGCUUCGCUUUUUCGGAUCCUGCCUUGAGGACCUUGCACGGAAAGAUUUCCACGUCUUCCGAGACUUUGAGAUAAGGGCGAACAGUCAAACGGACUUGGGCCUCCUUAUGGACGUUGCAGACCCUGUCGUGCGUUCCAAACUACUUGUCUGCCUGUCACUUUUGAGAUCUGAAAACAGAGAAUGCGCGAGCACACUUUAUCGUGCUUUGAGCCAUAUGGAUCCAACGCUGUACUUGAAUACUUAUCAUGGCGUUCCAUUAUCUCCACGUGGGAGCGCUCAGAAUUUACCUGAUCAACAUUACCCUCGCGAUGGUGGAAUGGAGUCCGGGAAAUUGGAGCAUCCCAGUGGGCCUCCACUGGAGGCAGAGUCGGGUUCCCUGGAGCACUUGGCGCUGCUUUUCACCAUGGCCUCGCUGCACCCGGCGUUCUCUUUUCACCAGAAGGAUACUGCCAGACACCAGUUGGACAAUGUGGAACGGGCCAUAGAGGAGAGAAGGUAUUGCCACAACCGCCCGAGCGUCCAGGUAAGCAUCACAUUGCCAGCUGAAGUUAAUCUAAAGGGGCCUCCUCACCUUACCUCCUCUCCUUAGCUCACCUCAUUACCUCACUACUUAUUGUCACUGACCUGAUUGAACUGAGCAGUUGAAAGGCUCCUAUCACAUUUACUAUCCUGUGCCAUUAGAUCAGCAGGUGAGGAAACGAGAAGAAAGCCAGUGAAGGCUUUGCUACUGUUGACUAUUGAAAUGCAACCCCUGGGGGGCCCUGGUACAUAUGAUGUUGACAAGUCCACAGGGGGCGUUCCCCAGUAAGACUUUCACCUGACUUUUACUUUGACAAUAAUUUAACUAGGUAGGUACUAUUUAAACAAGGAUAACCUAUUUUUCUAAAAUGUUACUGGCCACCUUAGUCAUAGGAAUGAACAGAUUACUUUUUUAAAAUAAAACAUCUAUAUGGAAUCAAAAUUUAGUUCAGAUGACGCAAUGUAGCACUUUAUUUCUGGUAAAGUGGGGCCAAAUAAUUGCUGUAGGGAUAGACUGUAAUAACAAUAGUAUGUACUGAUGUGAAUAGACUUGUGGAGUUACCCUAAAAAGAGAGGAGAGGUUAAACCCUUUCAUACCAAGUAUUGCUCAAAGCAGUUUCAUUUCCAAGAACAGUCUUGAGUGCAUGGCCAUAUGACUACAAGUUGAGUUCAUUGUGCUGUCACAAAAUGACAGACGCCAUAGACUGAAUGAAGAUCACUUUCUCAAUCAGGAGAAUAGAGAGAGAGACCGCUUAUCUGGCUUCAGCAGACAUGCUGGCCACUGCUACUGUGUUCUUCUGUCAUCUUCUCCACAGCAGCUAGCUAGCCUAUAUGAAUGGGAACACCCGGCAUUCUUGUGAAUGGUUGCAUUGUGAUCUUACUUUGCAUUGUGUUGGAGAAACCUUUCUCUCUUUCCCUCUCUCUCUCUCUCUCUCUCUCUAUCUAUCUCCCUCGCUCCCCCCCCCCCUCCCCUCCCUUUCUGGCAUCCAAUGAAAAAGCCAGGAGUUUGAAUGAGACAGACACCUUCUCUCUCUCAUCUGUCUGACUGACUGCCCUCUUGGCUGGCUUUCAGCAUAAUUAUAUGUCUCAUUAAGACAGUUAGCCUACGGAUAGGCAGUAUUUCUAAUCAAAACGGAGCUGACUUAUGAAUAUAAAUAAAACUGAUGGAGAAAAAAAUAGUUUUCAAAGCAUGUGGAGAGGAGGAAAUUAGUAUUGGUUCCAGUUAAGUGUUGUAAGGGAGAAGUUGUUUAGUGGGACUAUUAUUGGGGGAGAAGGAACAAUUUCUUACAAAAGCACCAAUCUCUUCACUUUCCUGGUUGCAGCAGAAGCAGCAUACCCUGCGAAAGGAGGACCUCAGCCCCAGGAGCACUGACAUGGGUCAGUCGGCCUGCUGUAUUCCCAAUCAGCUCCUGAACAGGACCUUAUCUCAGAGAGAAGGUAGUCUCAAUCCUGUUUGUCAUUGUAUCCUCUGAGGUCUCUCAUUCACAUGUUGAGGAGUGUUCAAAGCAAGAUGUAUUUUAGCCUAGUGCAUUUGAGGUAAAACAAGAGACCCAAACAAAUGGUCCAAUAUGGUUCAAUAGACAGGAUAUAUUCAAUAUGUCUGUAGUUUUAAAGGGAUACUGCAGGAUUCUAGCAUUGAUGCCCAUGUUCUACUUACCCAGAGGCAGAUGAACUCGUGGAUACCAUUUUUAUGUGUCUGCAUGCAGUAUGAAGGAAGUUUGCGGUAGUUCCGCAAGCCAAUGCUAACUAGCGUUAGCGCAAUGACUGGAAGUCUACAGGUAUAGGAGCAAUGCUUGUGAAACUACCGCUAACUUCCUUCAUACUGCACGCAGAGACAUAAAAAUGGUAUCCCACGGGUUCUUCUGACUCUGGGUAAGGAGAACAAUGCCAUAAUCUCGCAGCAUUCCUUUAACAGUGUUCAAUGUAUUCUGUGGUAAUCAAAAUUACAUUUAGGUGAACAGCAAUGAAUUGCUCAAAAUAAUAACCCUGGUCGUCUUUCUUCCAGCAGCAGUUCACAUUGACAAGAUUGUGCUAAAGAAGAUAUUUUGGAACCGAGGAAACAGGGAAUACAGUAUUGAGGUAUGUUAAUGUUUGGACUCUGUGCCUUGAUAUGUUCUUUUCAUUCUGAUAUUCCUGGGGAUUUUAUUUCUCAUGCAUUUUGAAGCAUACCCCUGUAGAAUCUAGGUAUACUUACUUUUAUUGGGCCUAUAUAUCGUGGGCCACCAGAUUGAUUUGCACUUCCUCAUUCAAAUUAUGGCACUGAAAAAACGUUAGUCCUGAGCUUCAGAUUGUCCAUGCAAUAUUUUGUAUUUUUCUCUGUAAAUCAUGCAAUGUUCUCUUACAACAUCUGGACAGGCAGAGACCUAAGACUUUGCCUGGCCCUGACUCAACAGUCUGUCCUGUAUGGCCAGGCAUCAGCCAGGCAUCAUUGUGACAGGCAGCACUGUGCUGAGGAGUCUGCGAGGGGGAGGGGGAGAGCAAGACGUAGAGAGCCAGGCUAAAGAGGACAGCAGGAAGGAUUGCUCCCUCCUAUUCACAUGCUGUCCUCCUUUGCAUGAGAACACAAUCUGGUGGAAAUAUGUCCUUGAUCGUUCGCGUCCCCAAAACAUCUGCCUUGACUGUUUUUACAAGCCUGCGGCGGCAUCAUAUCAGCCUGUAAAAACGGAAAGUCUUCCAUUUAGACUAGAGGGUUGAUGGACUUGAGGUUAGCUCCAAGAUUUCACAACACUGAGAUCAUGAGAUGAUGUCCUCACCACAGCGUUGCUGAUGCUUUUGCUCAGAUAGCCAGAAUAGUAAUAGAAUAGACUUAUAUCUGACUAAUGCUCUCCUUAUCUGUGAUCUACUGAAAUUGACCAAAACCAUGAAGGCUAGUUAGCUAAGUAGCUAGAACAUACUGCCAACACAUGCUAACGAUGGUGAGUGUUGUGUUCGUCACUUAACAGUUAAAAUCGGAUCAGAGUUAUAAGGAUAACAAGAUGAGCUUUAUUGAGGAGACCUCUGAAAGAGUUAUAACCUUACCUUUUUCUGCUUAGUCUGCUAUACAGAGACAGUGGUACUGACAGUGUGUGACUGCGUGGAGGUGUGUGUGACACUCAUAUGAAUGGAACGAAUGGCCGUCCUGGCCUUGACCCAAUACCCAUCAUCAUCAUCUGUGUGGCUGGGCAGAAUGAAGUCUUCGGUUAGCCUAAGAGGUUAUGCCUAGGCAGAGGGUUGCUACUGGAUUUUUAAGGGGAUUUGUGAAACCAACCACGUAUUAAGUAUAAUGAAACGUGAGUGCAGCGGUCCGUUUGCUUGACCAGGCUAGAAUUCCCUUCGUCUAAGGGAGAUAUUUAUCAGUGAGAGGAUUGUGUUUGGUUCAACAGGUCUCUAAAGCCUGCUCUCCAUGUUUUGUUGGUGCUGGAGAAGGGUUUAAUCUGUUAUUGAACCCUACUGUAUAAUAGCCUACUUGAAAAGGAUACUCUAAUGUAGCCCAAGUUAAGAGGCACUGUACAGACUGUGCUUGAAAUCAACUGGCAGUUGAAACCCUCUUGGCUAAAAUGUGGAGGGGGACAGUGAUCAAAUGUUGCUGCUAGCCAGUGCUGGAAACUGACACACACGUUUUGUCGUUCUUUCCCUAACAUUAACCCGUAACCCUAAACCUCUUACCCUAAUUCUAACCUUAAUUGUAACCCUAAACCUAACCCCUAAGCUUAAAAAAGCCUUUCCUUAUGUGGAUGUGGAAAAUGUCCCCAUGAGGGAGAAUUUUCAUUGUUUUACUAUAAUUGUGGGGACUUGGGGAUUUUAGGUCCCCACAAGGAUAGAAGAAUCAACCCCCACACACACACACACACACACACACGAGAGAGAGAAAGUGGCUUGCUGGGCAGUGCCAUCUGCUCCGCUGGGCAUGGUAUAUGAAAGAGGGUGUUGGUGUGUUAAAUAGGGGAGAACAUCCAUCAUCUUCAGCACAGGAGGCAUUUCACUCGGUCUACUCUAGGCUAUACACAACACAACUAAGAGUAGCCUGUUAAACUAGGGCAGGCCUGUGCUGAGUUCAGUGUAAAACAAUGCUGUGAGAGGUAGGCCUAGCAUAUUACUUGCUGAAUUGUUUCACAUUCAUUCAGCGUUAUUCACUUUUCCACCAAGGUGAUGGGAAUUACAUCCUAGGCUCCUUUAUUUGUUCUAAACUGAGUAACAAAAAUGUUGGUUGUCUUGUCACCCUGAUCAGAGAGGACUUGGGGUUUAAAACAUUCAUUCAUCACCGGUUUUCAAAGCUCACUGUUUUCCUUUUUUCUCUCCUUUUGUGAAGGGCAGACAUACUAGACAAACCACUACUUCCUGUGUCCAGCUUGAACUGGGCCUACAAAUCAGACAUUAGUAUUCAGAGGUUUGUAAGGAACCCAGCCUGGCUGCUAAAGCCAAAAUGACUCUCCCUGUCAGUCCCUUCAGUGUCUGAGGUAUUUACACUAGUCAAGGCUGCAAGCAGCUCAAGGGUUGAAAGAAACUGUUUAGGAGUUAAAUUGAAUUGAAUUUAUUUGGGUAAAAACAUAUUAGCGAGAUGUACAUUGUAUUCCCAGAGGAUAGCACUAAAAUUAAUAAUUAAAAGACCUGUUUCCAAACUGGGCCUCGAAAUUUGUAGACAAACAAUGGAAAACAAAAUCUUUAUUUUUGAGAAUUUACUCGUCGGUUGAUGACAUGUGGAUGUUUUCCCAAGCAUUCCUCAAUCCCCUGUAGACUCUCUAUUAGGGAGUAAAUUACUCCCGUUAGGUUACUUGCUCUGUUAUGCCUUGUUUAGUUGUAAUUUGAACUUGACAAAGAGCGACAGAUUUUUUUAUAUCCCACUUCAAGUUGAUGAGUGCCUUUUCAUUCACCUUUGUCAGGUCAGGGAUCAAGGAGCAGGAUUGCGUCCCAAAUGGCACCCUAUUCCCUGUGUAGCACACUACUUUUGAUCAGAGCUGGGCCCUGGUCAAAAGUAGUGCACUACAAAGGGAAUAGGGUGCCAUUUGGGAGUCAUUGUCGUUCAGUAGGGGAGCACCAAUUACCAGACUCCACAGGUUAACUCUGUGAUGGACAGAAUUGAGUAGACUGCCAGGCUGUGAAAGAGUUGGUUGGGUUCAGAUCCCCCCGCGGAGCAGAUUAUUGGGCUCGGUGAUGAUGGAAUGUCACCUUCAAAAAAUGUACUAUUUACAGAGUAGAAUAUUUUCAUAUAGCCUUCCACACACGGUAUAAGCAUCAGAUAAAACACAUUUUAAAAAGUCUGUGCUUGUAUGUGUUUGAGCACUGUAGCCUAAAAGUCUCACAGUCAACAAUUGUUUCUGAAAUGUUAGGCUACAUACCCAUACAACUAUCAGAGCAACCCAAAAAAUUAACAAAAAGGUUAAGGCUAUAGUAGCCUAACUGAAGCAGAUCAGAGCCCAAUGAAAUCCUUCCUAUUCUCUUAGCCUCAAAAGCACGAGAGCAUCGGUUCACUCUAACCGUCUGAGAGAGGGAUGGCUGAGACUAAAACCUACUACUCAAUCUGUCACCGUUCAUUAUUUACUCUGCUUUGAGAGGCAACAGAAAGCGCCUCUUGGUAUGUUUUUCUAAAGAUUCAGACGAUUUGUGAAUAUUGAGGGCCAGCGGGGUAAUGUUUUGAAAGGACAGUAUGGCACCACUUGAGUAUGGCACCACUCCCCUCAGAAAAGGUCAAGAGAAGUGUUGAUGCUGUUGAUACAAGAUGGUUGAAAUGUUUAACAUCAGUUUUCUUAGUACACUAACUCAAUCUUAGUGUCAAUUAUCAAAGGCCCUCUAUUGGUAUGCAAACUUGUCAAGAGUAGUCCAUGGUGAGUUUUUUCUUCUUCUUCCCAAUGGGAAAACAUCCUUUCAAGGCAAAUACUAUCAGGGAAAGGAAGGGAGCUUGUGUUUUUCUGCUCAAAACAUUUAAGGAGAAAUUCCAUUCCUAGCUCUUUCUAAGAUCAUUAUUUACUUCCGUAACUAAGGUAUGCAAUGACCUGCUUUGGCCACAAAUCAAAUACCUCAAACAUUCUGAGCAGGAGUUUAGAGUGGAGCUGACGUCACUGUGUCUGUGUGUGUGUGUGUGUGUGUUGAAUUAAAACUGACUUAUGAGGACACAUCAGACAAUCUAAAUCGUUAACUACAUCACCAAAUGGAAUGUGGUGUCGUCCAGAUUCCAGAAUGUAGUUAAAUGGUUGACUGUGCCAAGUAUCAAAUAAUUAUGUGGUUGUUUAUUAGGGCUGUUGCGAAGGGGAAAAUACCAUACACUUUGUUUCAUCUGCAUAUUUCAGGGGAAUGACAUGCUGUCCAAAGCAAUGUAUAUGAUGUGUGUUUGGUAAAGCAUACUGAUGAAUGAUGUUGCCUUCCUCACCUCCUCCCUUCCAGGUCCAGUGGUCUGACUCAACAUGGAGCACAGUGACCAAGACUCACCAUGAGCUGUACAACUUCCUGUCCAAGGUAUGAGAGAAAAACACAUCCCCGUUAAUAGAUUGUAGGCCUAGACGAUACUGCAUUUAAUGUCUGGUGAAAUAAAGUCACACUAUCUGCCGUCUGUACAAGAGGUCUGAUGAUAUGUGGAUGUUGUCUUACGGAUAAAUAAAUGAGAUGUCUGCACACUCCGCACACAGUAUAUUGCUGCUCCCCUGACCAGGAGGUAUUUUGGAUUCCUUGUCGUAUGCCAUCAGAUCAUAUUCAUUUUAGUGCUGUUAGGGCUUCGAUUUUGGGGGAUUAACUUUUGUUUAAUUAGCUAUCUCCACAGCCAUCUGCCAACCCAGAUGCAGUGUUUACUUUCCAAAUGUAUGCAUGUGCUUUCUAGUCACUCAACGCUCUAUGUGCGCGCUAAUAGGGCUAAUAACAAUAUUGUGAUAUACAGUACCAGUCAAAUGUUUGUACACCUACUCAUUCCAGGGUUUUCCUUUAUUUUUACUAUUUUCUACAUUGUAGAAUAAUAGUGAAGACAUCAAAACUAUGAAAUAACACAAGGAAUCAUGUAGUAACCAAAAGAAGUGUUAAACAAAUCUAAAUAUAUUUUAUAUUUGAGAUUCUUCAAAGUAGCCACCCUUUUGCCUUGAUGACAACUUUGCACACUCUUGGCAUUCUCUCAACCAGCUUCAUGAGUUAGUCACCUGUAAUGCAUUUCAAUUAACAGGUGUGCCUUGUUAAAAGUGAAUUUGUGGAAUUUUUACGCAUUUUAACGCAUUCUUUCCUUAAUGCGUUUGAGCCAAUCAGUUGUGUUGUGACAAGGUAGUGGGGGUAUAUAGAAGAUAGCCCUAUUUGGAAAAAGACCAAGUCCAUAUCAUGAAGGUCAGUCAUUCUGGAACAUUUGAAAAACUUUGAAAGUUUCUUCAAGUGCAGUCGCAAAAACCAUCAAGCGCUAUGAUGAAACUGGCUCUCACAGGAAAGGAAGACCCAGAGUUACCUCUUCUGCAGAGGAUAAGUUCAUUAGAGUUACCAGCCUCAGAUUGCAGCCCAAAUAAAUGCUUCACAGAGUUCAAGUAACAGACACGUCUCAACAUCAACUGUUCAGAGGAGACUGCAUGAAUCAGGCCUUCAUGGUCAAAUUGCUGCAAAGAAACCACUACUAAAGGACACCAAUAAGAAGAAGAGACCUGCUUGGGCCAAGAAACACGAGCAAUGGACAUUGGAGUCCAAAUUGGAGAUUUUUGGUUCGAACUGCUGUGUCUUUGUGAGACGCGGUGUGGGUGAACGGAUGAGCUCCACAUGUAUGGUUCCCACCAUGAAGCAUGGGGGAGGAGGUGUGAUGGUGUGGGGGGGCUUUGCUGGUCUGUUAUUUAUUUAGAAUUCAAGGCACACGUAACCAGCAUGGCUACCACAGCAUUCUGCAGCAAUACGCCAUCCCAUCUGGUUUGCGCUUAGUGGGACUAUCAUUUGUUUUUCAACAGGACAAUGACCCAAAACACACCUCCAGGCUGUGUAAGGGCUAUUUGACCAAGAAGGAGAGUGAUGGAGUGCUGCAUCAGAUGACCUGGCCUCCACAAUCACAUGACCUCAACCCAAUUGAGAUGGUUUGGGAUGAGUUGGACCGCAGAGUGAAGGAAAAGCAGCCAACAAGUGCUCAGCAUAUGUGGGAACUGGUUGAGAGAAUGCCAAGAGUGUGCAAAGCUGUCAUCAAGGCAAAGGGUGACUACGUUGAAGAAUCUAAAAUCUAAAAUACAUUUUUAUUUAUUUACUUUUUUUGGUUACUACAUUAUUCCAUAUGUGUUAUUUCAUUGUUUUGAUGUCUUCACUAUUAUUCUACAAUGUGGAAAAUAGUAAAAAUAAAGAAAAACCCUUGAAUGAGUAGGUGUGUCCAAACCUUAGACUGGUACUGUAUAUUCACAUGUAUUUCUACAUCUUGCUAUUUGUAUACCCCUUGACCUUUUACACAUUUUGUUACAUUACGGCCUUAUUCUAAAAUGGAUCAAAUACAAAACAAUCUACAUACAAUACCCCAUAAUGACAAAGCGGAAACAGGUUUUUAGAAUUUUUUUGAAAAUGUAUUAACAAUAAAAAAACAGAUACCUUAUUUACAUAGGUAUUCAGACCCUUUGCUAUGAGACUCGAAGUUGAGCUCAAGUGCAUCCUGUUUCCAUUGAUCGUCCUUAAGAUGUUUCUACAACUCGAUUGGAGUCCACCUGUGGUAAAUUCAAUUGAUUGGACAUGAUUUGGAAAGGCACACACCUGUCUAUAUAAGGUCCCACAGUUGACAAUGCAUGUCAGAGCAAAAACCAAGCUAUGAGGUCGAAGGAAUUGUCCGUAGAGCUCCGAGACAGGAUUGUGUCGAGGCACAGAUCUGGGGAAGGGUACCAAAACAUUUAUGCAGCAUUGAAGGUCCCCAAGAACAUAGUGGCCUCCAUCAUUCUUAAAUGGAAGAAGUUUGGAACCACCAAGACUCUUCCUAGAGCUGGUCGCCCGGCCAAACUGAGCAAUCGGGGGAGAAGGGCCUUGGUCAGGGAGGUGACCAAGAACCCGAUGGUCACUCUGACAGAGCUCAAGAGUUCCUCUGUGGAGAUGGGAGAACCUUCCAGAAGGACAACCAUCUCUGCAGCACUCCACCAAUCAGGCCUUUAUGGUAGAGUGGCCAGACGGAAGCCACUCUUCAAUAAAAGGCACAUGACAGCCCGCUUGGAGUUUGCCAAAAGGCACCUAAAGACUCUCAGACCAUGAGAAACAAGAUUCUCUGGUCUGAUGAAACCAAGACUGAACUAUUUGGCCUGAAUGCCAAGCGUCACGUCUGGAGGAAACCUCGCACCAUCCCUACGGUGAAGCAUGGUGGUGGCAGCAUCAUGCUGUGGGGAUGUUUUUCAGCGGCAGGGACUGGUAGACUAGUCAGGAUCGAGGGAAAGAUGAACGGAGCAAAGUACAGAGAGAUCCUUGAUGAAAACCUGCUCCAGAGUGCUCAGGACCUCAGACUGGGGCAAAGGUUCACCUUCCAACAGGACAACGACCCUAAGCACACGGCCAAGACAAGACAGCAGUGGGUUCGGGACAAGUCUCUGAGUGGCCCAGCCAGAGCCCGGACUUGAACCCGAUCGAACAUCUCUUGAGAAACCUGAAAAUAGCUGUGCAGCAACGCUCCCCAUCUAACCUGACAGAGCUUGAGAGCAUCUGCAGAGAAGAAUGGGAGAAACUCCCCAAAUACAGGUGUGCCAAGCUUGGAGGGUCAUACCCAAGAAGACUCUGUGCUGUAAUCGCUGCCAAAGGUGCUUCAACAAAGUACUGAGUAAAGGGCCUGAAUACUUAUGUAAAUGUGAUAUUUCAGUUUUUUAUUUUUAAUAAAUUAGCAAACAUUUCAAAAAAACAGUUUUUGCUUUUUGGGGUAUUGUGUGUAGAUUGAUGAGGGGGAAAACAAUGUAAUCCAUUUUAGAAUAAGGCUGUAACGUAACAAAAUGUGGAAAAAGUCAAGGGGUCUGAAUAAUUUCUAAAGGCACUCUAUGUCUAUGAUAACCCCUCAUAGGGAUGUAGCUCAGUUGGUAGAGCAUGGCGUUUGCAACACCAGGGUUGUGGGUUCGAUUCCCAGGGGGGGCCAGUAUGAAAAAAAUAAAAAAUAAUGUAUGCACUCACUAACUGUAAGUCGCUCUGGAUAAGAGCGUCUGCUAAAUGACUAAAAUGUAAAAUGUAAUAUGAUUCCCUGCAUUCCAGCUUCCAUGUGAGAGGUCCUCUGAACCCUUUGAGAAGGAACUGGUGAGGUUACUGGCCCAGAGAGACCAGUAUGAACCCAGGGACGUGGAGAGGACGCUACAGUGAGUCUCCCUCUCUUACUCUAUUUGUUGCAGCACACAGAAUGAGAAGACAUCUCAAGAGGGUUUUCAUAUUGUCAAUCAAGUAAAUUGAUUUCUUGAGGUUCACACUUUCUUGUUGUUUUACACUCCAGCUGUUCUUUUUUUUUUUUUUUUUCAAGAUAUAUUUAUCUUCUAUGACUUGCUUCUGUGGCAUAAAAUAACAUAGCUGUAUAAGAUGGCUAAAACAGUCUAUUAGUCCAAACCUCUACUUCAGCUGUGUUUUAUUCACAGACCUCAAUGUAUCAUAUUGUGGAGAGAGUAGAGUAGACUACCCUCUAGUUACUGUCACCAACUCUGCCAUAAGCUCCAGUGUUUUCAGUUAUGGUCAUGGUUAUGGUUAUGGUGAAUAACCUCAGGCUUUACAUGUGUCAGAACCCAGGCAUUACACGUGUCAGAACCCAGGCAUUGAUAUCUAGGUCAACUGUGAUGUCAUUGCCAUUACUAGCUAUUCCUUAAGGCAGUGUUUCCCACCUCCAAUCCUCCAGUACCCUCAACAGAACAAAUGUUUGUUGUAGCCUGGGACAAACAUACCUCAUUCAACUCAUUUAGGGCUUGAUGAUUAGUUGACAAGUUGAAUCAGGUGUGCUUGUUGAGGGCUACAAUACAAAUGAGUACUGUUGGUGGUACUUGAGGACUGGAGUUAGGGAACACUGUCUUAAGGCACGGACACACCGGUAGCGUUUGCCGCCCGAGAGUACUUAACAACUCUGCAGUGCCGGCCGUAAUUUGUAGAAACGGGCGAAAAUGUCGUCAGUCGAGACGCCCGCAGGUGGUCGGACCCUAAAACCAUUAAUGGCAGAUGUAACUCGGUGAGACGUAUUUUCUCCUUUACAGAUAUGGAUGGAUCACUUUUUCCCCUUCUCUUUUUCACUACCAUCCAAGGUCACACCAGCACGUUGUGACUUCUUAUACAAAGUGCACCUACUGUAUCUUGCUAUAGAUAUUCUAGCAUAGAACAGGUGAUGGAUGACACAUUAAAUUAUAAUUUCCAAGUCACUUUCUUUCUCCCUCUGUGUAAUUUCUAUCUUUAACUCCCUUUCUUCUCUCUCUCCACUGUGACAGGGAUAUGCUUCUGUCAGCCCCAGCAGCCUUCAGGCAGAGAGGAGAGGUCUGCAGGUUCCUUCUCCCCCACUGCAGCCACUGUAAGUGUCUGUGCCCCUGCCUCAGCCUCCAGGGAGGUGAGAUAUCACACGCUCUACUGACGUGUCUACACAAACCAUCCACCUGAUUGGUUAGGGAUACCUUGGAACACAGACCACAAUUACCCCUCUCUCUUCUAGAAUCAUUUUGUAUGUGGAUUGAUGUGGUCGGUCCACGUGACUAAUCGUACCAAUAAACAACUUCUCAGUAAUUUUAACUGGCCUUUGAAAGUAACGCCCUGAGCCCUGUUUUAAUAGUGCUCCCAGAGGACUGGUAAAUCCUCCAGAAAUAACACGCACACUGCUUGGUCGCCAGCUUAGAGAAAUAAACCCAGCUUCACAGUGAACAGCUCUCAGCAUAGCUGCAGGGCCAGGUGGUAGUUUCACCACAUUAAACCCCUAGCCAUUAUCAAUUGACUUAAUUAAAUGAUUAUUUGGGAAAGUUUCCUCACACCUCUGACCAUUCAAGGGAAUCCGUUGCUCAUUGGUUUCACACAGCUGCAUCAAAUUGACCACAGAAAUUAAUAAACCAAGAAUCUAUUUUUUAUGUCUAGGCUGCACAUGUGAAGCGUUUAAUAUUAACACACUGCAGGUCUUGAAGCAGUAGAAAAGCUGUAAUGUUAGGUAGGCUGGAGGGAACUUGUCGCCCAUUCCCUAAUAUCUCACCAUUUGGUCUCUCCUACCCAGAUAAUACAGUACCACUGGGAAAGACCUGCAAGGCAGCCGAGCACUUUAAAGAAGACUGCACAGAGCCAUCCAGUCAGGACGAAGGUGUGUGCUGUAUGGUAUAGUUUAUAUUAUCUCUGUCUUAUAUAAACCAUUUACUCUGCCUGUCUGUCGUUCUUUGUUGGGUUGAUCUGACACGGUGUGUGUAAAUGGCUAUUUCAUACCGACAGAUAUUUGUUGCCUGUCACCCUAUGUGAUUUAAGUCCAGUUUAAUUUAAUUGAUCCAUAGUUGAUGUUCACUUGUACUUCUCUCUCUUUGUCUAUCAUCAUUCUCCUCACCCAGACUUAGAGUCUCACCAUCUUGGGCAUCAGACGGAGUGCAGCAGCAAGAGAUUAGGCCAGAGGUAAGAGCACUAUCUUUUCAGUCCAAGACAUGUGACCUUGUGGCUGAUUCACUGAUGGGUUGUACUCCCUUCUCUUUACAGCAUACUGCUGACAAAGAGCAGCCAGAGUGAGAGCCAGAGGCCUGCUCUCCACUUAGAGCACAACGGAGUGGUGGAGGGGAGGAGAAAACCAGACAUUAUGUCCUGUUGGCCAGACCCACAUCAGGUCAGUCACACUGGCCUCCCCCAUCUCUCCCUGGCCUAGCCACUAGGGAAACUGGUAGAAACAGCAGGACUGUCAAUAUGCUGCUGUAUAAUGCUGACUGGCAUUUGUUCAAACAUUAAAAGCAUGUCUUUUGUAUUUCUAUAUUUUUUGUUUGAUUAGAUCAUGAUAAUUUGCAUCUGUUUAGGGUGUUAAAUGUUCUGCUCUCUCGUCAGAAAGUAGAUGAGAAAUGGGCUUUCACUCCAGAGCUGAAGAGUAGAAGAAAACCUGAUGAAGUUAGAAGUGAGGGCGCCAAAGGCUACAUCCCCAACGGCAUCAUCAGACCGCUGUCAACACACGUGACCAGACAGGGUGUCAGUAAGAGUAAGUAACCAAUGAGUCUGGCAAUAGCCUAUCCUCUCCCCCCCCAACUUAACAGUUAACAUUAUAACAACAUGUAUGUUUGUGAAUGGUGGUUUUUUAAGUGCAUUCCUCUACCCCUGUAGAGCCAGUCCAGGACAGGUAUGGAGACACGUGGUCUGAGAGCUCCAGUAGCCCCUCCAGCCCCCAGCACGAGGCCCGGGAGAGUCUGGAGAGUGAGGACCUUGAAGACCUGGAGGAAGAGAGAGGUGAGUGGCCCCACUACCCCUGUGGGGAAUGAACGGGGCAGAUUUCCCAGGGCCAGAUUAAGCCUAAUCCUGGACUAAGGAGCACUUUCAGUGGAGAUUCUCCAUUUAGUCCAGGACAAAGCUUUAUCUGGGUCUGGGAAACCGGCCCAUGAUGUCUGUCUUUAGCCCUGAUGUGAAAUAAUGCUGUUGAACCUCAAGAUGUCUUUUAAUGAUAGCUUCUCUCUCCCAGACACUACAGAGAGUUACUCGGACCACUGUGUCCAGCAGAAGAGGGCGGGUGGUCACAGCAGGGGGAAAGUUGUGGCUACUGUACACCCUAUGGUCCUUGUACCCCACAAGGAAGAGCCAUCCUACACUGACAGUCCCCGAAGUGUACAGCCUCUACCACUGACAGUCCAGAAUGGGCCGACCAUGCCAGACGUUAUGGUCUUUGUCCCUCCACAGCCGGGGGACGGUUCACCAGCAGAGGGGGCACUGACUGGGACCACCCCCAUGGUUUCUCAGGAGUCCAUCUCAAGCAAAGCUCCCCUGGGAGACCCUGAGAGACAGAGGCACGUGUCUGUGUCUGCCCCCCUGAACUCACAGCCAGCUAUCCCAGGCUCCAGCAGUCACCCCAUACUCCAGUGUUAUAGGACCCCCACUAGUCCAGACAGUAGAAGCACUAACCCCCAGCCCCCCAUGGGCGCUAUCAGUGUCAUCCCCCCGAACUCCCACAUGUCCCCCCUGCAGCAAACAUGCACCACCACUGACCCAGCCUCCACUGCCACCCUACCCCGAGCAGCCUCUCUCCCUAACCCUAACACCAGGCCUCAAGCCCUGGCUGUACCCACCAGCCUACCCACCCCUACCUACGUGACACCCUCCUCAGGGGCAACUGUGACCCCAGCUGCCAUCAGUCAGGAUCAGGCCACUCUGCUCCCAGCCGUCCCCACUCACACCCCCGGCCCCGUGUCCAGCCAAGCCCUAACCCUCACCCACAGCACGGCCCAGGGAGACGGCACCUCUUCCUGCAGCAGCUCUGGGGUGGCAGCAGGGCAGGCCCAGCAAAAGCUGCAGGCCCAGCAGCAGGCCCACCCUCCACAGCAACAGCAGAUGAGCUGCAACACCUGCGGUUGCCAUGGCAGCUGUGGUAGUAGCCACUCCCCCAACCCCAACUUCUACUUCCCUCCCCAGCUGGGGAGGCAGGUCUUCAGCACCACCCACCUCCCUCUCUUCCACCUCCCGUCCAUGUGCAGCACUGGAUACCCCAGCCACCGCAGCCAGGUCCAACACCAGAGCAACGGCACCACACAGCUACCCUUCUAUCCCCCUCCUCCUCACACGGCCACGCCAACGCAAUACGUCAGUGGACCUCUGCUCCACACCUCCCACUCGAACCACAUGCUGGCCACCCAGGCUGGAUACAACCUGCAGCAGAUGGCAGCUGCUUCCUUCAACCGUUUCUACACACCCAUGUUCUCCUCGGUGGGGGUGGGACUGGGCACGGGCAUGAAGAAGAGUAGUGCCAACGUCUCCUGCUAUAACUGUGGGCUCAACGGGCACUAUGCCCAAGACUGCAAGCAGCCCUCCAUGGACGCCGGGCAGCAAGGUAAUACUGGCCAGGCUAGUGGCAGAGAGAGGAGGUGAAGUCUCUCAUAGUGAGAGAGCAGAGAAAAUAAGGAUUCCUCUUUUUGUUUCAGUAAAAUAAAAUGUUGCGUAGGAAGGCAGAGCUUUCUUUGGUAACCUAUUGUUUUCCACCAUGUUUUGCACUGUCCACCAUUUUUGUCUGACGCUCUCUGUAGCAAAUCCUGGAUUGUCUGAACAAGCUAAAGAGCUCUUAAACACCCAACCAAGUGUUAAAUUAUCUUUUGAUAGGACACUGAAUCUGAAAUGCUAGCAUAAAGACUAUGGACAUCACAUUUCUUUAGGUUACUUGUUGGCUGGUUUGGCACGCGACACUGACGCACUCAUGUGUGUGUGUUUCAGGUGGCUUUCGGCUGAAGUACACGGCCCCCCACUCCUCUGAAGCAGACAAAACUGACUGA